CGCCAAUCAUGACUUUAGUUAUUAGUAGUUAAAUAUUCAAUCAUGCAAAAUUACAGGAGUACUCCUCAAUAGUUUCUUUUUGAAAGUUUUAGCAAUCUGUAAUAUAAUCACAGUGCAAUCUCCGUAAUUCGGGCUAAUUGUUGCAAGAUGUCCGAAUUAUGGAAUUUUCUCGGAAAAAUCAAAAAAUAUUUUUAAUAUACAGCUGCUGGAUUUUCUGUCUUAUUUAAAUAUUUAAUUUUGCCCACAGAUGACUGAUGCCAUGUCCGAAUCCAAAAAGAAAUGUAGACAGUGCAGUGUUGAUUAUUUGAAAUUUGUCUUUCAGUCCAUCAUUGCCGGACAAACAAUCGCCUAUGUGCCUUUUAUGCACAAGUUUUGGGCAAUGACGCUAUGAAACCAUCUAAACUGCAAGAUCAUCUGAGAAGAUGCCACCCUGAUAGAACAGAUAAAGAUUUGAAAUACUUUCAAACACUCAAAGAUAAAUUACAGAAGAGACCUACACUGGACAGAAUGUUCGCUUCGACGUCACAAAGAAAUGAUGAUGGUUUGCGGGCGUCUUACAAUAUCUCGUUACUUAUAGCAAAAUCCGGAAAACCGCAUACCAUCGGAGAGAAGUUAAUUUUGCCAGCCGUUGAAGAGGUGUUAGAAACUGUUUUACACAAACCUGCAUCUGAUUUCAUUAAAAGAAUUCCCUUAAGCAGCAAUACUGUUGAAAGACGUAUUGAUGCAAUGAGUUCUGAUAUUGAAAGCUUCUUAUGUAAUUAG